AUGUAUAUUUCCACACUAGUAAUGAAUAGAUAUGGUGGCACUGUGUGCAGGCGCAUGUCAGGCAUCGCAAAAAAAAAGGCUCAUCGAGUCCAUCUAUUAUACACCAUAAUGGCCAAGGGAAAAGGAAAGGCGAAAACGCCCAAAGAAGAUUUAAUCUUGACUAUCGAUAGUGAUUCUGAGGCAGAAUUGCCUGUGCAAGACUCGGACUCAGAGCCUGAGUUGGAGCUGAACAAAAAAGAAGAAGUCGAACAGCAAGAAGAGGAUCUCAAUCCAGAUUUCCAAUUUUCUUUGGAUGGCUUUGAGACCACCAAUACCAUGGACGGAUGGGAGUUCCGUGUUACUGAGGAGACCCCGGCUAACAAAAAGAAGGAUGUCAAUUUGGACGAGAUUUUGAGAAGAAGAGGUGGUUUGUCUGGUCUUAUCGGAGAAGAAAAGGAAGACGAGAAAGAAGAAGAAGAAAGCGAAAACGAAAAUGAAAAUGAAGAAGAGAAGGACGAAGCUGCCAACAGCGACGAUGAAGAUGAGUUGGCUUUGGACGGUUUCGGUAUGGGUGCGGAGGAAGACAACUCUGAAGAGGAACAGGAAGAAGUUGUAGACGAAGAAGAGGAGGAAGACAACAAAAGCUCGAGCGAUGAAGAAAACGACGAGGACUCGGCUGAAGCCAUAGCCGAGUUCUACGAAAAGGCCGAGUCUGAUCAAGCACACAAGUCUUUCCAGUCACUCGACCUUGCCCGUCCUGUGUUAAAAGGAUUGGCCAGUUUGGGAUACACCAAGCCGUCGCCCAUCCAGUCUGCCUCGAUCCCCAUUGCUCUUUUGGGAAAGGACAUUGUUGCCGGUGCCGUGACAGGUUCUGGUAAAACCGCUGCAUACAUGAUCCCCAUCAUCGAAAGACUCCUUUACAAGUCUUCUAAAGUGGCUUCGACGAGAGUGGUGAUCUUGACGCCAACCAGAGAGUUGGCCAUCCAAGUGUGCGAUGUGGGCAAAAAGAUCGGAAGAUACGUCAACAACUUGACGUUUGGUUUGGCUGUGGGUGGUUUGAAUUUGAGGCAGCAAGAACAGCAGUUGAAGACCAGACCAGAUAUAGUGGUGGCCACGCCAGGUAGAUUGAUCGACCACAUUCGUAACUCCGCGUCGUUUUCCUUGGACGCAUUGGAGAUUUUGGUGAUGGACGAGGCUGAUCGUAUGUUGGAGGAAGGUUUCCAGGUCGAGCUCACGGAGAUUUUGACGUUGAUUCCUAAACACAAGCGCCAAACCAUGUUGUUCUCUGCCACAAUGAACACCAAGAUCCAGGACUUGAUCCAGUUGUCUUUGAACAAGCCUGUCCGUAUCAUGAUCGAUCCACCCAAAGCUGCAGCCAACAAGUUGGUGCAAGAGUUUGUGCGUAUCCGUAAAAAGGAUGAGAUGAAGCCUGCAUUGUUGUACUACUUGCUUAAGUCUGUCGAUCCAUCCCAGCAGAGCCGUAUAGUUGUGUUUGUGUCGCGAAAGGAAACAGCACAUCGCUUGAGAAUCAUCUUGGGUUUGUUGGGUAUGAAGGUUUCUGAGUUGCAUGGAUCUUUGACCCAGGAACAGCGUCUCAACAAUGUCAACGACUUCAAGAACUUGACUGUGCCUGUUUUGAUCUGUACGGAUUUGGCUGCGAGAGGUUUGGAUAUCCCAAAGAUUGAAAUGGUUAUCAACUACGACAUGCCCAAAUCGCACGAGAUCUACUUGCACAGAGUCGGAAGAACAGCAAGAGCUGGAAGAGAAGGUCGGUCUAUUACGUUUGUCGGAGAAGCUGCUGCAGACAGAAACAUUGUCAAGGCGGCGAUGAAAUCUUUGGAAGAGCUGCAGUCUCAGCAAAAGGCCGUGUCUAGAAACGUGGACUGGCCUAAAGUGGAGGUGUAUCAUAAUGUUGUUCAGGAAAAGAACGAUACUGUGCAAGAGGUUUUGGAGGAGGAGAAACUGGCCAAAGAAGUUUUGGCUGCGGAGAUGGAAUUGGCCAAGGCCGACAAUCUUAUAAAAUACGGUAAGGACAUCCAGUCAAGACCAAGAAGAACGUGGUUUGAGUCUGAAUCCGAGAAAAAGAAACGCCAGUCCUUGGUGAUGCAGCAGUUGACCAAAGACAAGCACAAGCCCAACUCGAAAAAGAGAAAGAUGCUCGAAGCAAGAAGUGACGGCGGCCGCAUGUACAAAAAGACAAAGGUGGACCGUGCCAAGACGCAAGGAAAGGCCAGAAACAGCAAAGGCGGGAAAAACAAGAGAAAGUAG